AUGGACUACGAUGGUACUACUGAUCCGGAAGUACACCUCAACCGGUUCGAGGGACUGGUUACUCUUCACAUGUAUACUGAGGGCAUCAAGUGUUGUAUAUUCUCCACCACACUGACUGGACCUGCUCAGCUGUGGUUUGGGACGCUCGCCCCAAAUUCCAUCCGUUCGUUUGAAGAAUUACAAAUGCGUUUCCUAAGGCAGUUUGCAUGCUCGCGAAGAGUUGGAAAGUCAGCCCUUUCCCUGAUGGAUAUCAAACAAGACGAGAAUGAAACAUUGCGGGAGUAUACUUCCAGGUUUAAUCUCGCUGCUCUGGAGGUGCCAGAGGCGGAAUCUCAAAUCAAAAAUUGUGCCUACGUCAGAGGGCUCAAGCCGGGGCUCUUCUUUGAUGAGCUGCAAAUCAGACCGGCCAGGGACUUCGACGAUAUCAUGUCUAGACUACCAGGGUAUUUACAGUUGGAGGAUGCCAGGAUGGCAAGGAAAGCUGAACAUGACAAACACAAGGCUAAAAGAGCCGAGGAAGCACCAAAGAGGCAGCGACACCAGGAUAGGGCCCCUUUCAGAGGGUUACCCCCGAGGGUACUGAAGGAAUAUUAA